AUGUCUCACCGAGUUUUAAAAGUCGCAAUUUUAAUUAUUGGUCUUGCCAUCUAUGCAUUUCUUUGGAACACGAUGACCCGUUUUGAUGGAUACGACGGUAAUUGUAUUGAUGAACCCUUCCUUAUUUGACUUUCAUUUCCUCGACGUUCACAUAUCAAAUUAAUGUUAAAAACAUUUCUUCCUCUCUUGCCUUUCUUUUCUUCACAACAAGUGACAUAUUUCACGUUAAUAGCAAUAUUGUAUCGAGAAGGCAACUACAUUCUAAUAGGCAUAUUAACAAAGCUAAAAAAUCACCAAAGUAGCCUUCCUUUUUGAAAGAAAGGCCCGUGACCAGCUGAUAAAAACACAUCUGAGACUUUCAGAGACUUUCUCGUUGAUUUCUCUAAAUAUAAAUUUUGACAGUACAUGGUAACUUUUCAGAGCAAUUUUUUAUUAAUUUUGCUAUAAGUCUCAUUAUUAUGAUUAACCACUUUUUUUGUUAAGAGCUACACCGUUCAAAUCCAUCAACACUUGAUGCCAGAAUUUACGACAACGUCAGGAUUUUUUUGUUGUUCAUUGGCUACGACAGAAGCAGGCACACCCUACUUGCUGCUUUGUUAGAUGCUCAUCCACAUGUCGUUGUUGCGAACGACUUUAACAUCUUAAAGCAGUGGAUUACCAUGCCUGAAAUAUUUGACAGGAAAAAGCAUUUUAUCUAUGAGCUGAUUUACGCCAAAUCACGUUAUGAUGUGAUGUACGGCGUUCGCUCUCGGUUGGUAAACGGGGGCCCAGUACAGUAUCAUUACAACGUGGAGGGUCAGUGGCAAGGACAGAUCGGUGAGGGUGUACAGGUAUAGUUUUCAUUUACCUUUAAGACAUAACUUGGACACAACGUGCGCUCUAAUUGGUCAAAAAUCACUGGAUAUUUACUUGUAAAUCUAUAGAAAACUGAAAAGGAGACAGACCGUCAGAAAUUCUCGACCAGAAUUUCCCAAACAACUAAAUGUUGGCAAAUCUUUGCUUCAAGAAAAUUAUCAUCGGUCUAGAGCUCAGUGGGUGACCAGCAAAUAACUGUUUACAUGUUAUAGCCUGUUCAUGCGCGAUACGGUUUACCUGAGUUUGGCUCCCAACGGCGUUCUGUAUAUGUGAAUUGUGACAACUUUGAUUAUCAAAAGCGACGUAAAAAAAAUGCCAUUACCAAAGCCAAUUCCCAUCAACGAAAGACAAGAUAGAUGGAGAGUGUCUUCUAACCACAUCUUUAUUAUAGUCACUGUCUUGCAGAUCAUUUAUUUGCGGUUUUCAAAAACCGUUUUCAAAAGCUGUUUGGCCACUAACUUAUAACAAAUAUUUGCUUAAACAGAUAUAUAAUUGUUCAUCACUCGUGAACUGAAGAUUUUGCGAAUUUACAAAGUUAAAUAAGUUUUGUGCAGUUCACCACAGGAGCUUAUCGUCUUGCCUUGAUACAUGUAUGUUGAUUUUGGAUAAGACUCCAGGAUCCGUCUCCCUAAAUGAUUUUGUUUAAAUUUACAUUGGUCUAGGUCUUUUAACGCCUUUCUGGUACUAAACCGGUGUUUUGUGUUUUUUUAAUUUUUUUGUUGGCUUUUUUUUUUCAUAUUUGGUGAAUUUUUUUAGGGUUUAAGAGAAACAGGCAGCUUAUUCACGACUCAACAUUUAUAUGAACUAAAUCACCAAGGUACUAUCCAUCCUGUAGAAAAAAUGCCAACUUAGUAUUUUUAUGGAAAUAACUGUUUGUCUUUGCUAAUACAAAAGGUUUUGUAUCAAGCUGUGUGCACAUACUCGUAAGUUCUUAGAGAUUGGUACCCAAAUCGAAACAAAUCGUUCAAAAAAAAGAAGCCCAGUCAGUCUGUGAUUUAGUCUGCUUAUCAUCUAUUACUCGGCAGUUUCUUCUCUUGAACAAACUUUUCACCGGACAAACAUUCAAUGUGUAUAAUCCAAUAGUUGAUAAAUGAAGUGUAAUAGCUCUGUUGAAACUUAAAUUAACUAAAAUUUACAUCUAAAUUGACAAAGGUAUGUUUUUCUUUUAAACUGAGUCAUCAAAGUAUUCUCCAGCCUUAAAAAAAAAGUUAAGUAUUAAGCAUACAACUUUUGGUCGUUACCGUUGGAAAAAGGUGUCUGUAUCAAGCUGUCUGAGUGUACUCGUAAGUUCUUUGUUCUUACUUUGGGCGCCGAUCAUUGAUUGCUUAACAGCUUCUCCGCUUAAGCAAACAUUUCACAUUUCAAACUUUUCCUAUCUCUUUUUAAAAUCCAGUUCAAUUAACUGAUUGGUCCCUUUUAAGCCUUAAUUUUUCGCUGCGCGAAAAAAUAAACAGACCUUCAGAAAUUACCAAACUACUCGCCGAGAAGGAAAGUUGGCAUUUUUUCUGCUUGAAGAAAAUUGUAGCGUCAAACCAACUAGUGGUUUGUUGCUAAAUUAAUCGCCAGAAUACGACGUUGUUAUCCAAGUUGCAAGCACUCCAUCUUUCGGAACUAUCUAACAAGAGGCAUAGACCACUUGAUUUACGCUUUUUACAGAGUCGGUAAAACUCGUCCUGCUAUCAAAAGUUAAUAUAAACCAACUCAAGGCAUGGCAGCAUGGCGCUUUAAUAAGUCAUAGAAAACGGUUAGUUUGUGGUUUAUGCACAGAGACCAACAGAUUUGAUAGGAAAGAGGUUAAAAUUGUCUGUUUAUACUGCAGGAAAGCGUAGAAUUCUUUUUGCCGCAGACAUGACGAUGGUCUACCGGCCAAACGAAACACGGAAAAUUACGACCAUCUGGUUAUCAUAAUCAAUCUACUUUGUAUCAAUACAAAUUAGACUGAUUAUGAAAAAUCUGAAUGGCAUUCAAUCAGCACUCAAUCAAUGUACGUGGAAAGUUGACAUGCAUGAUGACCCAAUAUCUGCAGCGGAUAUUGCAGUUAUCAGUUCAAAGUCUGCCUGGUUUCCGAGCCGCUUGUGAGUCAAACUUUUCCAAAGUGAGAGAGAAAUGGCUCCCUUUUACAAGAGAAUAUAUGAAUGAUAAAACAAUUCUUUAAUUUGGAUUUUGCAUGGUAUCAUAAGUUAUCGUACCUCGUCCCUGUGUUAUCUCAGACCUCGGUUUGAUAAUUUAACCUUAUCCAAUGAUUGUUUAACAUCCAGUGCUUUUCUCGCAGGUGAUUGGAGAUAAGAAAGCAGCUCAGGCUUCGACAAUUUUACUCCAAAGUGAAGGAAGAGAGCAUCUCCGAGAUUUAGAGCGUAAACUUGGCACAGAGCUUAAAUUCAUUCAUGUUGUGCGUAAUCCUUUCGAUAAUAUUGCAACUUUAGCGCUUCGCAAGGCGAAAGUCAAGAAAAACAAAAUCCAAGACAACCUUGAGGUUGGUGGGUGGUCGGAGACAUUUAAAUCUACCUUACAAUACGCUAUGGUAUUAUAGUUAUUUUGCGAUGGGGUGGGGGGGAGGGAAGAGACUAAAACUUGGUGGGUGGGGGGAAUAACGUCGACCUGCUGAAGACAAAAAGUCUUACCCUGGGUUUUGAGCGUCUUAAUUCGCCAUCGAGGUUAAGAAAUGCCUUGACUUGCCUGUCGUUUACCGAGAAGGUAAAUUUUUAUGCACAUAAAAGAGUAAUAGUAAAGCCAACCAUUUUAAAAGAGGGUUUAUUGAAGUAACUUGUCAUUCAUACUCCCCGUAGCAGUCACCCUGUCAUUAUUUUACUUUUUUGUUUGUCUGUUUUAUUUAGCUUUUUUUUUAUGAUGAAUUUUUCCUUUGUUUGUUUGUUUGUUUAUGCUGAUACAUUUUUUUGUUAUGAUUUUCUUGAUAACGUGCUCCCAUGUCUAUGUUCAUUGGCUAAUUGCAGUGCGAUUGUCACAAGGAGCUUGAUGAUUCCAUAGGGGAAUACAGUACCCAGGUGGAGGGAACUUCUCAAGUCAAGAAGAACUUUCCAGGUCGUGUACUCGACGUGCAUAGCAUGGAUUUGAUGAAAAACCCGCGUGAAACCCUCAUGAAAAUUUGUGACUUCUUGGAAAUCACGUGCACCAAGAAAUACUUAGAGGACUGCGCUUCAAUUGUAAACCCUGUCCCCUCUCACACUCGUCAGUUCGUUAAGUGGACUGAAAUACAAUUAAAGAGAGUUCAGAUGUUGAUUGAAAAUCAUUCAUUCCUUCAAUCAUAUUCAUUUGAAAAUUAA